AUGUUCAUUAACCGAGCCGACCAGCUUACAACACAUCCAACAGUGACGGACGAGUUUCUCACUUUCAUGCGGAACUAUGAUGGAGAUAUUGUGGUCAUUCUGAUCGGACCGCACAAAGGGUUCAGUGACACCGGAGCGUCUCGCCUCUUCACCAUGAAAUUGGCUCUCGAGGACCAUUCUGAUGAAGAAAUCCACCGCCUGUUGGUUCGUAUAUUGAAAAAGGCUAAAUUGCACGUUGAAGGGGGUUGGGGUGGACCGUAUCUGAAGAUCCUGACUCGUCGAAUUUGUCGUACACGAUCAGAAAACGGCUUUGAUAAUAUUCUUGCUUUGCGCACUGUUUUGGAACUGGUGAUGAAUCGUCAAGGUUUGCGACUCCGCCAGUCAUUAGGAGACACGGCAGCCAGGCGCGCGAAAGAACCCAACUAUAACUAUCUGACAAAACUCGAUCUUCUCGGACCAGAGCCAGUGAACAAACUCAGAGACAGCGAGGCCUGGAAGCAACUGCAAGACAUGAUCGGGUUCCAGGAGGUCAAAGAGAUGGUCGAUGAACUGGUGCAUCAAGCAAACACCAAUCAUCACCGUGAGCUUCAAGGCCUACCUCCACUUGAUAUACGCUUGAACAAGGUGUUCUUAGGCCCUCCAGGUACUGGAAAAACCACAGUCGCCAAGCUAUAUGGGCAGAUUAUUACCGAAAUCGGUCUCGUCUCUGGUGAUGAGGUUGUGGUGAAAGACCCAUCUGAUUUCAUUGGGCAAUAUAUCGGCGACUCGGAAGCAAACACCAAGGAAAUACUCCGUGCUACUGAGGGCAAGGUUCUCAUCAUUGAUGAUGCGCAUAUGCUGUAUCAGGGAACUGGGCAUGGGGCUAAUUGCUCAGAUUCGUUCCGGCUCGCUGUUGUGGAUACGCUAGUUACAAAUACUUCGAAUGAACCCGGCGAUGACCGUUGUAUUAUCCUCAUUGGUUAUCCGGACCCGAUGAAGGAGUUCUUCAACAACAGUAACCCGGGGUUACGACGUCGAUUUCCAUUAGAAGAGGCUUUUCACUUUGAAGACUACUCAGUCGAUCAGCUUGCCAUGAUUCUUGACCUGAAAAUGUCGCAUGAUGAAAUAGAGGCUACCGACCAGGCCAGAAAAGUUGCCCUAGAAGUUCUUGCGAGGGCUCGAGACCGGCCCAACUUCGGAAAUGGAGGUGAUGUCGAGAAUUUGCUUGGCAAAGCAAAAGCGGCCUUUUACAAGAGAGUGAAGGGUGUUAGGAACCGAAAGGAAAAGAAGAUCGAGGCCUCCGAUUUUGACCCAGAGCAUGAUAGGGCCUUCAAUGGUAGCAAGGCAUGUGAUUCACUCCUCUCAUCAAUGAUCGGCAUGGACAGUAUCAUCUCCCUUUUCAGAAGUUAUCAAAAGGUAUCGUCCGGAAUGCGAUCGCAGGGGAUUGAUCCGCGUCCAUAUAUCCCAUUCGCGUUUGUCUUCAAGGGCCCACCAGGGACUGGAAAAACUACUACAGCUCGCAUUCUUGGUGAUAUAUUCUACGAAAUGGGAUUCCUCUCCACCUCCGAAGUCAUUGAUUGCUCUGCGACAGAUUUGAUAGGCGAGUAUGUAGGGCAAACAGGACCCAAGGUGAUCAAUCUUCUGGAGCGGGCUUUGGGAAAGGUACUAUUUAUCGACGAAGCUUAUCGGCUAGCGGGAAAGUCCACUGGCAACUGCUCGAGCUUUGCUAACGAAGCUGUUGGAGAGUUGGUCGACUGUAUGACAAAGCCACGCUACUCUCGCAAGCUCGUGAUUGUUCUAGCUGGCUACUCGGAUGAUAUGGAUAGGCUACUUCAUAUGAAUACGGGUUUACGGUCUCGGUUCCCCACCGAUAUUGUCUUUCCAUCGAUGAGCCCAGCUCACUGCCUUGAAUAUCUUGAAGUGCAGCUAGGGAAGCUCCAGAUAAGAGUGGAUCGAAGCCCUACCAUGAGUGAAUGGGAAGAUUCAACUGUUCGGAACCUGUUUGCCCAGUUGCAAAAGACAAGGUCUUGGGCAAAUGCCCGGGAUGUUGAAACACUGGCACGCAAUAUCGUUUUCGAGGUGUACAAGAGUCAACGGGGCACCAGUGACUCCGACCUCAGCGUUUCUAUGAACGAUAUAAUGAACUGUCUAGAUGACAUGCUAGACCAGCGCGGCCAGUCUUCUGAAUGA